AUGGCGGCUUUGCAUGAUGAACUGGCUGAGAUUUUCCGAAUCUCAUUUGAAAGAUUUAGAGCUGCACAGCAGUUCACUCUUCGAGUUCGCGCACUCGUCGAAGAAGCGCGCGAACACCUACAACAAAACGAUGAUCUCCCCAAUCGAUUUAGACUCGAACAGUAUGAGAAUCUAUACGCCAAUCACCAAGUACGUGUACAGCAGCUGUGGAACGAAAUGGAGCUGGCUCUCCACAACUUGCGCAACGCCCAAAUGGUCUGUUUAACAAUUUGACUUUUGUUAGGGCUUCGUUUGGUGAUUGCAGCUCUACGAGCAACUUGACGACAAUGACGAAGGCUAUUGGACCGUCGAGGAAGACGCUGGUCAUCUUGACGACUGA